GUAUGUUUUGUGCGCCUGUACACACAACACAGGCAAAAAGCGUUUCGACGCGUUCGUCGAAAAUCGAUGUGAAAACUGGUUAAAACGUCAUAUGGUGGUGUUGUGUUUUGGAAGGAAAACGAAAAAUUUUCUCCCCCCUCAGCAGAAGAAACAGGUGUAACAUGUAAACAUUCGUAAGAAUUUUUUCUACGCGAAAAAAGAACCCACGUACUCAGGCAAGGUGAUGAUUAGUGAAGCUCAGAUAAGUACACUUAUCUCUGUUUGAUUGCGUAGCGUUACUCGCAGCUGGAGUCAGAAAAAUUUUAUGCGAAAAUUAAUUCAGCUGCGAUGUGAACUGGGACCGCGGAACGGCCAUGGGUUUGGAGAGCGAACUGCAGCGGAUUUGCUCGCCGCGCGUUACCGGCGAAGAACUUGGCGACCGGGAGUACCUCGGGUUGACGACGGUGAUCGCCUUGCAGAGGCUGCACGACGACGUCGAGGUGGUGCUGACUGCCUAUGAGGAAAGAUUUGCGAAGCAAAGAUGGUUCCUUCAGUUUAAGUCUUCAUUCGUGGGAAAUUUGACCAGUCCCCUGAACUGGUUUCCGCUACUGGCAUCGAUUGCACUCGUCGUGUCAUUUUUCAUUACCGGAUAUUAUUUUUCCGCAGGAUUUAUCCUGCUACUUCUGCUAUUUACUGUAGCGCUGAUAGUGCGUGAGAACAAUCUUCGCUGUACGGAAAUCUACCGAAAGGUACGUAGCGUGCUGGCGGAAAUAAAAUGCGGCGCUGAGCUGUGCAGGGAGUGGACAGCAGCCAACUAUCCACACAUUUGCAGUCCGCUGUCGCCCUGCGUGACCCUGCAAUGGACCUACCGAGAUGGGAAAAUAGUCAAUCUACCGUGGGCUCUCCUGGUUCGCGGAGAUCAUAUCGUGAUGCGACCGGGACAGGUAUCGCCCGGAACAUGUACGGAAAUCGCUGGCAAGCGAUCAUUCAAGUGCGGUGAAACCUACGGUUUGGCCCAAGUAAUGGAACCCCCGAAAAAGCCAGUCGCACGAGCUCCCAUGCCCGAUCUAAUUUGUGUGGUGGAAGUUACGCCUUUUCUGGACAACCUACGAACGACGCUGGAUAAUUUUCUGAACCGACCGACCACGAUUAUAAACCAACAGCGGGAUCUUCUCAUCACCAAGUGCAUCCAGCAGUGGGGCUGGCUAGUGGUUCUGGUUCUCACCCUGAUUGUCGGUGUGCUCCGCUAUCUGGGUUUCUACUUCAAUGGAAAAGUUCCCACUAACUGGCGAAAUGUGUUUCUUCUGAAUCCUUCCGCUGCGCUGCUGCCGAUUUUACCCCUGGUGUUUCCCUUUCUGUGGACUACGGUUAACCUGUGGGGAACGGCCCGGCUGGAGGCCCUUCUCUCGGUUCCCCAGUCGGUGAUGCGAGCCGCAGCACACAAAUCCUUCCAGGAAGAUUUAGAUACCCCAACGGGAGAUUUAGAUCAUGUAAAAUUACCCCGCCGGCUGGUCGGUUACUACUGGUGGCAACUAUUUUUCGGAAGAGCGGAAUUGCUCAGCCGAAGUGCGAAUGUGGUGCAAGUGCUUGGAUCAAUCACGGCCCUCUGCUGCGUGGACAAAAAGGGAAUUCUUUCGUGGCCCAACCCAACGGCGGAGAAAGUGUUCUUCCUGAGAAGCGCAUCCAAUGGUGAGAACAAUCACAACACUGACCAAUCCGAGCAGAGCAGUCUUAACUCGCAGUGCUGCCAGGAACACUACCACCCACUUUCGCAUAUACUAGAGCUGGGCUCGCAGAAGGAGGGCACCGGAGCGAUUGCCGAAGUGUUGGACCUUACCCACGACCAGCACAGUCCCUUCAAACUGGAAUUCGACGAUCAUGAUUACAAAAACCACCUGAGCUCGCUAAAACCGCUCGGUUUGGCCAUCCUCGUGAACACCUGCUGUCCGCUGACGCAGGCCCACUAUGCGAAAUUCUGCGGCCACGUGACGGCCGUCGCCAUGCUCGACAAGGAUUUGGUCCCCGUGACCAACCGGUAUGCGAUUGUAGAGUCCGGUUUGAAUUGCUUUAUGCAUGGCCGCUGCCUGUGUGAGUUGGCCCGCCAAAUUGGCUUCACCUCACAUGCACGGGACAUCUUCAACUUGGAAGGACAAAUCUCCAGUUAUCGACAUUUGCAACCGGACGUCGUCCGUCGGGAUAUCAAGUUCGCCCGAGCACUGCAGCUGGCCGCCAAGGUGAAGGUUCCCUUCCCGCACUCGCUGUCGGUGGUGAUGCGCGAGACGCCCGGAGGAUCGCUGCAGCUGCUCACGCAGGGGACGGCCGAUAUUGUGCUGGACAGCUGUGAUGACUACUGGGAUGGGCAUGAUCUGCAUCCGCUGACGGAGAAGGAACGCAAACGGGCACAGGAUUUCUACCAGCGGAGUGCCUUGACGGCGUACUGUACCGCGUUCGCCUAUAAACCGUUGCGGCAUGGAAUUACGGGGGCACUGUCUGGUGGGAUGGAUAGCGAGGUUGCCUACCUGGAGCUACCACCGGAAAGUAAGAAUCAUCGAGAUGUUUGUAGGCGAGAUAAUUCGAUCGAUUACGACCGAGGAGGAGCGCCUUUGACGCAUCAUUCUAUCAGCACAGAUUCGCUGUUGUUCAGCGAAAAUAAGGACGAAGAUAUUUCCGAUGUAGACGGAUGCUACGAUAUGCAGUGCCAUCAGGUGUUUAUUGGGAUGAUUACGAUGCAGUAUCAGGCGCAAACGGAUAUUGUUCAGCUGAUCGAACGUUUGGAGCGAGCAUGCAUUAGGUUUGUGCACUUCAGCAAAGAGAACGAACUUAGAUCGAGGGUGUUUUCGGAAAAGAUGGGUCUGGAGUCGGGUUGGAACUGUCACAUUUCACUGCUUAGUGAUAACGAUAGUGCAAUGCCUUCUCCAUCGAAAAACUUCGAGUUUAAGUUGCAUGCUUCCACCUCGAAUGGUCAGCAAUCGGAGGUAGAGGAGCAAAAUGAGUUGAAUAAAUUGCUUCCCAAUUUAGAGGCAUCAAAGGCGCUGAGCUCGUCGGCUCCGGGGGCAAUCUCUAAUCCGGAUUCAAACCUUCUGGAUCCCCAAACGGGUCAAAAUCAGCGGGAGCCUUCGAUGGAACGUUCAAUCAAUAGUUACGAGAUGAAAGAUCUACGACAUUCGCAGCGACAGCAGAGAAGAAAUUCUCAGGACUCGGCCCUAGAUUGUGCUGCGCAUGACGACAACUGUCGGUCGUUGAGCUGCCUUACGGAUAGCACCGAGCAGAGUGCCCCCAUCAACUUCGACAUGUCCAAUCGAGCGAAACUUCCGCGAGGAAUCGAAAAUAUACGUCCACAUUUAGAAAAUGUGGACAACGUUCCCCUGCUGGUCUCUCUCUUCACCGAUUGUUCCGCAGAGGCCACCAGAGAGAUGCUAAAAAUCAUGCAACAAUACGGAGAGAUUGUAGUCUGCUUGGGCUCCUCUGCCUCAAACUCCAAUCCGGAAAUUUUCCUCCAGGGUGACUGUUCAAUCGCUAUCGAACCGCUCUAUCCUCAGGUUUGUCAAGAUUACCCCGCGUACACGGAGUCGAACAUCUACAACAACCGGGCCAAGUUGAAUCCACCCAACCAGAGCAAACUCUUCCGAUCGAUCCCGGAACCGGUGGUUACCGUAUCCCCCAUCUACCUCAGCCGAUUGUUGAACUCGAUCUCGUGCUCGAUCGCAACCUGCCGGGACGAUCCGAUUUCCAUUGUAGCCGUCAUAGAGCUUUCGCGUCGCUUUCUCCAAGGACUUUGGAGCUGUAUUCAGUUUUGGGCCUGUUGUGGAGUUUCCCUAGCGGUAAUGAACACCGUCACGGCAAUCCUCUCGCUGCCGCCAAUGAUUCUGCCCCAUCACGCCCUGUAUCUGAUGUGCUUCGCAGUACCCCUGAUCUGUUUGUCUCUUCUCCGGAUCGACGUCGAUCCGGCAAUCAUGAAGCGUGCGACCGGUAAAAAGCAAACUUCCCUGGAUUCCCGACUGAUAGUUUUCGUCAUUUGGUGCUAUGGCAUCAAAUUCUCGCUGGUCGUGCUGUUCAUGGUUAUCUCCUACUGCUCCUUCCUAUCGCACCCGAUCGAGAUUUUCGCCGACGAGGACGAAGACGACGACCAAAGUGACGUACCGGAAAACUUCCAAAACGACCUUGCGGUCGCCCGUAGCUUCAUCCUGCUCGGGACAAUCCUACAUCUCGUCAUCGUCUCCGCAUCGUUCGUCCACCGCGACUACACCUGCUUCCGGCGCAACCCGCUGAGCAACCUGUGCUGGGUUUCGGUGGCUGCCGGUCUGCUGCUGUUCCACACGUUGAUCAUCGUGCUGCACAUCUGCACCGACGCGUACUACUGGGCCGAGAUGGAACGGGUUUGGCCGAUCGUGCUGUUCCUGCUGUUCACGACGGUGCUCACGUUUGCGCUGACCGAGUUCUUCAAGUGGGAGGAAAUUAAAGUUAACAAUCGAUACAUUCGACGGGCGCGGCUAGACUUUGGCACCAAACUGGGCAUGAAUUCUCCAUUCUAGAAACCUAAAAAAUUUAAGACAACGCUGUUGUACGGCUGCUGAGUGUGCUUGUUUGUGUCCGUGUGGGCGCAUUAAGCUGUGUACCAUUUUGCGGGUGUGACUUAUAUGUAGAUAGUUUUUUUCUUCGCCGCUAAGUUUUGUCCCCCUCAAUGACUUUCUUCUACUUUACUAAUUACUGCUAUUAGCUGCAGUAUGCGUCGCAAAAGCUAGGUAUGUUAUUUUCAUUUGAAAAUAUAUUUACGAAAGUCUUCUUUGAA